GUCAUUUAUACUUUUCCAGUCGAUGAAGCCUCCUCGAUCGUCUGGAGCAUCAUCGAUGACUCUCGUAGUUUCAUCAUCCGCGUAUUACGACUAAUCUCAUCGCCCCCCAAAAAAAUGAAGUCGAUACUGGGAAUCAUAAUUCUCGGGGCCGUAAGCGUCAGCUCGCACAAACUGGACACAGUUUACGAAUGGAAAUACAUCGACUACCUAUGGGACUCGAACGCGCAGAAGGAGCGCUACAUCAGAAGUGGCGAUUACGACUACGAAAACAUCGUGCCCAUAGACGUUGACAAGGCUCGAGAUGGAAGAGUUUUCGUCACCGUCAUAAGAAACCAAGGCGUUCCAGCGAGUUUGGCAACCGUCACCGAGCGCGUCGGUCCGUCUGGCCCAUUAUUACGACCCUAUCCCGACUGGUCUUGGUAUAAGGCAGGCGAUUGCGAUGGAAUUACCAGCGUUUAUAGAGUCGCUAUGGACGAGUGCAACAAGCUGUACGUUCUCGAUACCGGAUACAUCGGCGAUAAUUACACGUGUCCGGCGCAGAUACUGAUAUUCGACCUUGGCACUGAUCGAUUGAUCGAUCGAAUCAAGGUCCCUAACGAGUAUUCUCAGAACAGAGAUGGUGUGGGCAAAUUGGUCACUCCGGUGCUCGAGGUCAACGGACCCAACUGUGCCCUCGAGUCUCUCUUCAUGGCAGACGUGAACGGCCGGGGCCUGGUAAUCUGGAACAAUCAGCGAUUCACCCGACUGGAAGCGCGGGUGUUCGAUCCGGAAAAGCCGCUGGCGAACGUCGAGAUAGCCGGGGAAAGUUUCGAGCUCGAGGACAGCCUCAUGGGAAUGGCCGUGUCGCCGAAAAUCUACGAGAACGAGGGCAGCGAUCUGCUUUUCCGGCCUUUCGCCUCCAGGGCGCUCUACGCGGCCGACACGCGAGUUCUCGCGCGCAGCACUUACGGCGAUACCGUCAGGUACAAGGAGAGCUCGGACAUGAUGCCCAGCCAAGCCACGGCUAUGGGCAUUACGUCACGGGCUACUUUGAUCUUUGGACUGACCAGCGAUACCGCUAUUGGAUGCUGGAACCGGUACCGCGAGAUGAAUAGGAGUCAGGUUCAAAUCGUAGCGCAGGACCGAACUCGUUUGCAAUUCGCCAGUGGAUUGAAGGUCCUGCCGAGUUCGAGGACGAGAGCCGAGGAGGAAGUCUGGGUUUUGACGAACCGGCUGCAGAAGAUCAUGAGCGGAAGUCAGAGAUACGACGAAGUCAACUUCCGCGUUCUGAAGAGCCCCGUUGACAAGCUGAUCAGAGGAACCGUGUGCGAGCCUCCGAGGAACUACAGACCCCAGUUUCAUCGCUUCGUUUCGAGAUAGAGUAUCGAUUUUUGUUAAGGUUCAACUUAAAGAUUUUUGUUAAGAUGCGGUGUGGUUGGAAAAAUUUAUUCGAAGAAAGGAAAAAAGUGCUCUUAUUGCGUCCACGGAAUUGUACCAAUUACAUUGUGCAAUAAGGGAAUAAUUUCAGGAAGUGUGAAGGAGAGAUGUUGAUUAUUCCAACUUUCUUGUCGUUGUACGUAAACAAUUAUGCGUUAUUCGCCGUGAGAGAAUAUAGCGUAAAAUUGCUUUCCAUCUCUAAUUUCAACACACAGCUGUAGCACGACGUCGAUAAUUAGGAAAAGGAAUGCGUUUGUUUUUCCUCGAAAUAAAUCGCGUAAGCACAAUGUGAUAGAUCGUUUCGAACUGAUAUGCGAAGGAUAUUUCGGCUACUUAGCGAAUGUAGAGCGAAUAAUAAAAAAAAAACCUGUUGAUCUUGCGUCUUGUUUUGCUUGCCAACUUGCCCCUCUCACUUCGCGUUACCAUCACGUGUGUGAGAUGUCGUCUAUAGACUGGUUGGAUCAAAAAGGUGCUCAUUCGGUUAAAAACACUUUCUCAAGAAGCCUCGCAGUGCUGCGGCUGCUCGGCAACGACUUUAUUAACGCCAAUGCAGUAAGUAGAUACGCCUGCUUUAUUGUGAGAUUUUCAUUGUGUUGUCGUUUUUUCAACUUGUGCAAAAUUAAUGAUCGAGGAAAAAGUUUUGACAGUCAGUGAGAUAAUCGUAAAAAAAAAUUAAAAAAAAAACGUAGUUUUUUUUUUAAACCAAAAGUAUGUAACAUCGAUGGUAAAAGUUCAAUAAAAGUUUCGCGUCUUUGCGUA